AUGAUUUCACGAGAAGGCAAACUUGACAACUACAUUUUGAAACGCAUGAAAGAAGUAAAAACGAGAACAUUUUACUAUGCCAACGAUAUCUUCGGAUUUUGUAAAUUGCUGCAAGCCUACACUGACCAACGGUUUCUUGAAGACGAAACUGAAGAUUCUGAUGACAGUUUUUCUAAUCUAAAUUACCAAGAUGAAUCAACCUUUUCAAUGUACGGUCCAGACGAUGAACGCUACAAUUCGACGUUUAAAGAUGCAGUAAAAUGGGAAGCUGAGUGCGAACCAGAGCAUUUGGAGGUAUACAGAAGGCAAGUGGGGAUUCUGCGGCUUUUCUACAAACUGUGUAGAAUAGCGUUAGUGAAAAAGGUUUGUAAUAUAGAAUUGCAUGAAUUUGACGUAACUAUAUGGGCAGCUAUAGACUAUGCCAAAUCCGGCGAUCUUGACAACUAUAUGGUAAAAGCCUUGAAGAGAGUUUUGAAUGACAAAUGCAGAAACGAUGCCAAACUUUUGGAAGCUUGCUAUGCAUUGGAGGCUUACAAUUCGCUAAAAUACCUGGAAAAAACAUCACGAUCUAAUGUAACAGUUCCACGAGACCAUGAAGAAGCUCAUCAAGAUACUGCACAAUAUCAUCAAGAAACUGCACAGUGUCAUCAAGAAACCGCACAGUGUCAUCAAGAUACUGCACCAUCUUUUGAAACAAACCAAAAUACAGGACUAGCUUCUGCUCUUAACGGUCAACAACAUACUUCUGAAUUCGAACGUCUGAAACAAUUCUACGAAGCUGUCAUGACAAAACUAAGGCAGGAAGAUUAUAAAGGCGUAUCUGAAGCUUAUGAAGCUUUAUCCAAAGACCUCAAAGCAUUUGAGUGUUCUGAAAAACCUGAGCUUGUUAAUCAUCAUAGUGCAGGAUUCAGCUACAAGAAAUUCAGAAUCAUUGAAGGAAGAAGUAAUGAAAAAGCUUUCUACCCUGAAACUUAUCAUGGAAGGUAUCAACGGGUUGAGGGACGAAGCUAUGGCCAUCAAGGAAGAGGUGUUGAACAUUGUUAA